AUGGAAAACACGGGCUAUUUGUGUCAUAACUGCUCCCGAAAGGACUCAUCGCAACAGAAUAUUUCGCCAAAGAAUAUAAAAUUCAAAAAUAAAGAAUUGGAGGAAAAGUUUACGUGUUUUUACAAUCGAUUGGCAGAAGCGAGUCAAGAGGAGAGCAGCGAUGGUCCGGAACCGAUCAUUGUGUCCACGGAGUCCACCGCUGGAGACAAUAAACUUGAUUUAAGUACUCAGAGCAGAGACACAGCAGAGACUUCAAUACAAGACAGUAUUGUAUCUCAAGGUUUGGAUAAUAAGUUUAUUUAUUUAUUUGGUACUUGGUACUUGUCAACGAUUACUAACUCAUCGGGCGACUCGAGUAUGUCGUGCUCUCGUCAGGACUCGUCGUCGACCUCCACUUACACGAGUCGUAUCUCUCGAUCAUCUUUCAGUAGUGAUUCCUCCAGCAAACCGACCACCAGUUCCAGCAGUAGUAGUGGUGCCGGACCUUCAGACAAUGAAAGUCAACAAUUACUAACUCAGCCAUCAAUCGAAAUCGAAGCUCAAACUCCAUCCACUGAUAAGUCAUUUGAAGAUUUCGAUGGUUUGUGUCAAAGCCGAAGCCCUUCGAGUCAAAGCACCAAAACUGCUAUUCAUUACAGUCGCGAAACCAUCAAAGACCCCAACAGACUGGACAUCAGUCCCGAUAACAUCACCAAAACUCAUAGUAUGACAGACUUCAGCUCCACCGACAAGAAUAAACACAAAACACGAAAAGUCUCGUCAGAGAACUCACUGAAGAAGUUGUCGAUUAAGAACUUGCCGUCACUUUUGAGAUCACUGUCCAGUCAGACAAAUAUCAAAGAAAACAAAAAGCGUCUCAAAAUAAAUGAGCGUAAAAGUGGUUCUCAGUACAGAUCAGCAGAUAAUAUGACUCAUUUGGUGUCCAAUUCUUGCGAAGCCAUCAAUCAUCAGAUGUCGGACACCAUUCUCAACAAAAGGAGAUCCACUGCUUUUGAAUUAUACGAAAUCAAUCGCUUUGAUUGCAAUGAUUGCGAAGAUAUAGUUUGUAACGAAGAAAGAGUUGAACUCAUGAGUGAUAAAACAUUUAGUGAUAAUAGCGGUAGAGAUAGAGAUAAAGAAAGCACUGUUUCGAAAGAAAAUGAGCCAAAAGUUUCAGAGAGUAGUAGUAUUGCUACGAAUGAAGACAUGCCUCUUAUAGGGGCUCCUAAUGUCCAAAAGCCUCCAAACGAUUGCCAUUAA